GCUCUCCCUCAUUAGUUGUUUUAGCACCGGAGAGUAAACAUUUGAACGGGUCUAGUGCGAAAUUUCUUUGGUUUCAAAAAAGGGUGGAAAAACCUUCCUGCAUUUUUUAAGCAGACGUGGCCAGUAAAAACUUUUUGUUAUAAAUUAAUUUAAAAUAGUGAAGAAUUUGUUGCAUUAGUUAAAUAGAAGAAUGAAGUACUUACUUCUAGUGGGAUUGUUAUUAAUUGCGGGUUUUUCCCAGACAAAGGCCGAUGACGCUAAAGAAGAAAUUGCCACCGAAACAGUUGACUUGAACUUGGGAUCAUUCAAAGAAGGUUCCAGAACCGAUACCGAUGCCGUUCAACGUGAAGAAGAAGCCAUUAAAUUGGAUGGCCUUAAUGUUUCCCAAUUGAAGGAAAUACGCGAAAAGGCUGAGAAGUUUAACUUCCAGACAGAGGUUAAUCGCAUGAUGAAGCUCAUUAUUAAUUCCUUGUACCGCAACAAAGAGAUUUUCUUGCGUGAAUUGAUCUCCAAUGCCUCAGAUGCCAUCGAUAAGAUACGUCUCUUGGCUCUCACCAAUAAAGAUGAAUUGGAAACAAAUCCUGAACUAAGCAUUCACAUUAAAGCCGACAAGGAAAAUAAGAUUUUGCACAUUAUGGACACUGGUAUUGGUAUGACCCAACAGGAUUUGAUCAACAACUUGGGUACAAUUGCCAAAUCGGGUACUGCUGAUUUCUUGGCCAAAAUGCAAGAUCCGUCUAAGGCUGAUGGACAAGAUAUGAAUGAUAUGAUUGGUCAAUUUGGUGUUGGUUUCUAUUCUGCCUUCUUGGUGGCCGAUCGCGUUGUGGUGACCACUAAACAUAACAAUGAUAAGCAAUACAUUUGGGAAUCUGAUGCCAAUAGCUUUAGCAUUGUUGAGGAUCCUCGCGGUGAUACCCUGAAACGUGGUUCUGUCAUUUCGUUGUAUUUGAAGGAUGAAGCUCAGGAUUUCUUGGAACAAGAUACCUUGCAAAACUUGAUCCGUAAAUACUCCCAAUUCAUUAACUUCCCCAUUCGUUUGUGGACCAGCAAGACUGUUGAGGAAGAGGUGCCUGUUGAAGAUGAAAAACCAGUGAAAGAAGAAGAAGAAAAAGAAAAGGACGACACUACUUCUGAAGAUGAUGUUCAAAUCGAAGAAGAUACCAAUGAAGACGACAGCGAUAAACCCAAAACCAAAAAAGUUUCUAAAACCGUCCACGACUGGACUUUGAUCAAUGACAGCAAACCUAUUUGGACACGCAAGCCAAGCGAAGUUACUGAUGAUGAAUAUACUGAAUUCUACAAGAGUUUGACUAAAGAUACUAGCGAGCCUUUGACACAUACCCACUUCAUUGCCGAAGGUGAAGUCACCUUUAAGAGUUUGUUGUACAUUCCUAAAAUUCAACCAUCAGAAUCAUUCAACCGUUAUGGUACCAAGUCUGAUAAUAUUAAAUUGUUUGUCCGCCGCGUCUUCAUCACUGACGAAUUCAACGAUAUGAUGCCCAAUUAUUUGAAUUUCAUUCGUGGUAUUGUUGAUUCGGAUGAUUUGCCUUUGAAUGUGUCACGUGAAACUUUACAACAGCAUAAAUUGAUUAAGGUCAUCAAGAAGAAAUUGGUACGCAAAGUAUUGGAUAUGAUUAAGAAGAUCAACAAGGAGGAAUAUGAGAAAUUCUGGAAGGAAUAUUCAACCAACAUCAAACUUGGUAUCAUGGAAGAUCCCAGCAAUCGUUCCCGCCUUGCUAAACUUUUGCGUUUCCAAUCAUCCCAUGGUCAAGGUGUUACCUCGCUGGCCGAGUAUGUUGAGCGUAUGAAGCCGAAACAACAAAAUAUCUACUUCAUUGCUGGUGCCAAUCGUGGUGAAGUUGAAAAAUCUCCCUUCGUCGAACGUCUCUUGGCCAAGGGCUAUGAAGUCUUGUACCUUGUUGAAGCUGUUGAUGAAUAUUGUAUUUCUGCUUUGCCCGAAUUCGAUGGCAAGAAAUUCCAAAACGUUGCCAAGGAAGGCUUCAAACUAAACGAAUCAGAAAAGAGCAAAAAUAAAUUCGAAGAAUUGAAGAGCACUUUUGCUCCAUUGGUUAAAUGGUUGAAUGAAGUUGCCCUUAAGGGUCAAAUCUUAAAGGCUGAAGUUUCUGAACGCCUAAGCAAUUCACCCUGUGCCUUGGUUGCUGGUAUGUUCGGCUGGACCGGUAAUAUGGAACGUUUGGCCAUGUCCAAUGCCCAUCAAAAAUCAGAUGAUCCUCAACGCACUUACUAUUUGAAUCAAAAGAAAACUUUGGAAAUCAAUCCCAGACAUCCAUUGAUUCGUGAGCUGUUGCGUCGUGUGGAAGCCGAUGAGGCUGACGAAACUGCCAAGGAUAUGGCUGUCAUGAUGUUCCGUACAGCAACCUUGCGUUCGGGCUUCAUGCUACAAGAAACUGCCGACUUUGCCGAUUCCAUUGAAAGAAUGAUGCGCCAGACAUUGGGUGUUUCUGUUGAUGAAGAAAUUGAACUCGAUGAAGAUGAUGAUGAUGUUGAAGAAACUGAAGAAGCCAGCGAUGAUAAUGCUGCAAAUGGCGGCAAUGACAAUGAAGAUGAUGAAGACAACCACCAUGAUGAGCUUUAAAACAGAACACUCUGUGUGAAAGCAUUUCAUUAAUUACUAGUUUUUAGACUGAAUUUAUAGUUUCUUGUAGAAAACGCUCAGAAGACAUAAUGGUAGACACAAGUUGCAUUAUCAUGGCAAGAGGAUCAUCGCCGAUUUGUGUUCCUUUUUCCUCCAUUCAUUUACACAAAAUUCAUUGUUUAAGUUACACACAUAUCUUGUAUAUUUUGUAUAAUUUUUUUAAUUUAUUUAAACUAUAUUCCGAGCAAAUUCUUUCAUUUUUGUUCUAAAGAAUUACUCGGUGGUUGCAAACAUUCAAAUUUAUUCUAAUUAAAUAAAAUUAUGAAAACAAAACGGAAAUAUUUUCUAUGAUAAAUAUAUAUAUAUUUUAAAAAAUA